AUGUCGAUCUCUGACAACUCGGAUUCGGAAGACCUUGAACUCGAUGUUCCACACAUCGACGAUGAGCCUCAGGGCUCGGGUUCUAUUUCCCCCACUGAGGGCCCGAAAGCUUACUUGGAACUGCAAAUUAAUUCAGUCCGUCAUGCCGUCACUUGCUCCUCAAAGGUCCUAGUCUCCUCCAUCGCCCUGCGUCGCCAUGCUUGGCUAAGAGGUACUUCUUUACAGCCCGAUGUGAAAUUUUGGAUUGAGGACCUCCCGUUUGAUGGUGAAGGUCUCUUUCACUCUACCACUGAUGAGGCUUUGAAUGCCAUGGAUGAUAGCCAGAAGCAGGCAUGGAACCUUGGUGUCUCAACCUCGACGCCUCGACAUCGGAUGACAGUCAUUAUGACAGAUAAAGGAAAUGCUAGCUGGCAGCAACAGGCUCCAUGGAGGAACAACAACAUUACCUUUCUGAACAGAGAAACUCCCUUCACAGAACAAGGAGAGACUAUUAUUGGCUUCUAUCUGCUUGCUUUGGGUUGGAUGUCUUGGUUUGGAAACAGCAUUGUGAUUUUUGUGUUGUACAAGCAGCGAGCUGUCCUGCAGCCCACAGACUACCUAACCUUCAACCUGGCUAUAUCUGAUGCUAGUAUCUCUGUCUUUGGUUAUUCCCGGGGCAUCAUUGAAAUCUUCAAUGUAUUCAGAGAUGAUGGAUUUCUUAUAACAUCAAUAUGGACUUGUCAGAUUGAUGGAUUUCUGACAUUUUUGUUUGGUCUUGCUAGCAUUAAUACACUCACAGUGAUAAGUGUGACCCGCUACAUAAAAGGCUGUCAUCCAAAUAAAGUGCACUGUAUCAGCAACAGCAGCAUCUCUGUGAUCCUUGUCUUUAUAUGGGUAGCAGCUUUCUUCUGGUCAGUAGCUCCAGUUUCGGGAUGGGGCAGUUAUACAGACCGCAUGUAUGGAACAUGUGAAAUAGACUGGGCAAAAGCCAACUUUUCAGCAGUCUACAAGGCCUACAUUGUGUCCAUUUUCAUCUGCUGUUUCUUUCUACCUGUGACUAUCAUGAUUUUCUCAUAUGUGUCCAUCAUCAAUACAGUCAAGUCAAGCCAUGCACUAAGUGGGAUGGGCGAUCCAACUGAUAGGCAGAGGCGCACGGAACGAAGCGUCACAAGGGUGUCCAUAGUCAUUUGCACAGCCUUUAUCACCGCAUGGUCUCCAUACGCGGUCAGCUCUAUGUGGUCUGCCUACGGUUAUCCAGUGCCGCCUCUAACUAGCAUCCUUGCCAGUCUUUUUGCAAAGUCUGCCAGUUUCUACAACCCCAUCAUUUACUUUGGAAUGAGUUCCAAAUUCCGGCGGGACAUUUUCAUUUUGCUUCACUGUGCCAGAGAGAUUAAGGAUCCUGUGAAGCUCAAACGGUUCAAGAAUCUCAGGCAGAAACAGGAGCUGUCACCUUCUCAGAUGGAAGAGAAUUACACGGAAAAUGUUCAGCCUGCCCUGAGUCCUGAUUCUGGGGUGGGGAGUCGUUCCAACACCCCUCCUCCUGUAAACAGGGAGACAUAUUUUGGUGCUUUCGAUACAUCAUCCAACAAUCCUGACAUUGAAUGUGUUCGGCUGUGA